GUACGGUAGUCCCAUGUGUUGUGAAUACAUGCAUUGACAAGUUGAGGGCUAGCUAGCUAUUUUACAACUGGAGCUGUGGCUUCUAUAGACAUACUUGCAUACCAGGUGAAAUAUGGAGAGACUCGUGCAGGCUAGCCUACCUCCUGAUCAGGGACGCAUUCUGGGUAUAGUGUCUCAGAGUGAUAAGCAGGCGGAGAUGUUCACAAAUGGCUUUCUGAAGAACAGUUUACCGGGUAUGAGCAAGAAGGAAAUCGGCGACUUCAUGCUUCGCAAGGCUGUGGUUCUAAAGUAUGCGAAAAAGAAAAAGGAGAAGAAAAAGAAAAAGAGAGCCAAGGGUCUCACUGCUAAACAAAGGAGAGAGAUGAAGGUCUUUCAGCUGAAACCAGAGCAUCAAAAAUAUGAGCUUUUCUUGCCCUUGCAUGAGCUAUGGAAACAGUACAUCAGAGAUCUGUGCAACGGAUUGAAACCAGAGAGCAACCCACAGACAAUUCAGCAGAGGCUGUUGAAGGCUGAUUUUCAUGGUGCCAUUCUUACAGUGGCCAGGUCCAAAUGCCCCUCGUAUGUAGGCACCACAGGAAUCCUAGUGCAGGAGAUGAAACAUGUCUUCAAAAUAAUCACAAAGGAGGACAAACUGAAAGUCAUACCCAAGCGAAACAGUGUGUUUGCCGUGGAGAUUGAUGGCUUUGUCUCCCAUAUCUAUGGUAGCAAGUUUGAACUCCGCUCCAGCGAGCGAUCGGCAAAGAAAUUUAAAGUCAAAGGAACCAUAGACCUGUGAUCCUGUUGGAGUGUAGUAAUGAGACUGAGCUCAGAGGCUCAAAGGACAGAGAAGUAAACAACUCCUGUCAGGAUCUAUAAUAAGGACUAUCACCAUCUUCAAUUCUUAUUUUCAAGUUAUACGGGAACCUCAGCAUCUGUUUUGGAUGCAAGUCCUGUUCUAUAGCAUUUUGUACUGUGGCAAAGACAGAAGACCUGACAAACUCAAAGCAAUCAAAACAUAGUUGUGAUUUAGAGAGCAUUUGUGUUGGUAUUUUCUUUUUUUGUAAACGUAUCCAUUGAUUGGUCAAUGAUUCAAUUAUUUUACAUAAUUGUAAAUGCAUUAUGAUCUGUUUUCAGUUGUUUUGAGCAACACUACCUAUGUCCACAAGGUGGCACUAAAUCAAUCUGCUUCAAUGUAUGUACAAUAAACAUCUAUAUCUAUA